AAGUUUGGCCCGUGCGUGGGGCCGGGGUGGAGGGCGGGACGGAGGGGCCGGGCCCAGGCGAAGCUCCAGUGGCUGCUGCAGCGGAGGCCCAGGCCGGGACUUGGACCGGACCGGGGCGUGCCGGACGCAGGGGAGAAGGAGGCGAGAUCCCGCCGGCGCUUCGAGUCCCCCGCCGCUCCGCCGCUCCGCCGCCGGGUGACCCCGCACCCAGGCGCCCUUCGGACCUGCUUCUCGAGGAGAUUGGUGGGGUCGCGGCGGCAGCGGUUGGGGGUGGGGAGAGGCGAGGCGAGGCAAGGAGAGAGGACAGCGAGUUUGCGGGAGGAUCGGAGAGCUGAGCCGCCGUCAUGACCGAGGACUCGAGCGCCCUGCCCUGGUCCAUCAACAGGGACGAUUACGAGCUGCAGGAGGUGAUCGGGAGUGGAGCAACGGCUGUGGUCCAAGCAGCAUAUUGUGCCCCUAAAAAGGAGAAAGUGGCAAUCAAACGGAUAAACCUUGAGAAAUGUCAAACUAGCAUGGAUGAGCUCCUGAAAGAAAUUCAAGCCAUGAGUCAGUGCCAUCAUCCUAAUAUUGUGUCUUACUACACGUCUUUUGUAGUAAAAGAUGAGCUGUGGCUAGUCAUGAAGCUGCUAAGUGGAGGUUCUGUCCUGGACAUUAUUAAGCACAUUGUGGCGAAGGGGGAACACAAGAGUGGAGUGCUGGACGAACCUGCCAUUGCCACAAUCCUCAAGGAAGUGCUGGAAGGGCUGGAAUACCUGCAUAAGAACGGACAGAUUCACAGAGAUGUGAAAGCUGGAAAUAUUCUUCUUGGAGAAGAUGGCUCAGUACAGAUUGCAGACUUUGGUGUUAGUGCUUUUUUAGCAACUGGUGGUGAUAUUACUCGAAAUAAAGUGAGAAAGACCUUUGUUGGAACCCCUUGCUGGAUGGCACCUGAAGUUAUGGAACAGGUCCGAGGGUAUGAUUUCAAAGCUGAUAUCUGGAGUUUUGGGAUCACAGCGAUUGAACUGGCCACAGGGGCUGCUCCUUAUCAUAAGUAUCCACCAAUGAAGGUUUUGAUGCUGACACUGCAGAAUGAUCCUCCUUCUUUGGAAACUGGUGUUCAAGAUAAAGAAAUGCUGAAAAAAUAUGGAAAAUCAUUUAGAAAAAUGAUUUCAUUGUGCCUUCAAAAAGAUCCAGAAAAAAGACCAACAGCAGCAGAAUUGUUGAGGAACAAAUUUUUCCAAAAAGCAAAGAAUAAAGAAUUUCUUCAAGAAAAAUUACUUCAGAGAGCACCAACCAUUUCUGAAAGAGCUAAAAAGGUUCGGAGAGUACCAGGUUCCAGUGGCCGUCUCCAUAAGACAGAAGAUGGCGGCUGGGAGUGGAGUGAUGAUGAGUUUGAUGAAGAAAGUGAAGAAGGGAAAGCAGCAAUUUCACAACUCAGGUCUCCUCGAGUGAAAGAAUUAUCAAGUUCUGAGCUGUUUCCAACAACAGAUCCCGUGAGCACUUUACUUCAAGUUCCAGAAGAGAUUUCUGCUCAUCUACCUCAGCCAGCUGGGCAGACGCCUGCACAGCCAACUCAAGUCUCUCUCCCACCCCCUGCAGAGCCAGGAAAAACAGCUCAGGCUCUGUCUUCAGGAGCAGGUUCACAAGAAACCAAGAUCCCCAUCAGCCUAGUACUAAGAUUAAGGAAUUCCAAAAAAGAACUAAAUGAUAUUCGAUUCGAAUUUACUCCUGGGAGAGAUACAGCGGAGGGCGUCUCCCAGGAACUCAUCUCUGCCGGCCUGGUCGAUGGAAGGGAUUUGGUCAUAGUGGCAGCUAAUUUGCAGAAAAUUGUGGAAGAACCUCAGUCGAAUCGAUCUGUCACUUUCAAACUGGUAUUCGUCUCCUCCUCCUUAUUAAGCCACCUUCCUUUUUACACACCAGUAGCCCCUGCAGACCAGCUGCCAUAUUCUCGGGGCAUCUGGCGUCGAAGGCUCGGAUAUUCCCGAUGAUGGUAAACUAAUAGGAUUUGCCCAGCUCAGCAUCAGCUAAAUCCCAGCCCUGGAUGAGGAGGCCUCAGAAGAUUCCACACGUGCAUAUCUCUGUUACUUCUGUUGGCUUACACCCACUACUGCCAAAGAACCCAGCCACAAACAAACGUCCCGGCUAGGAGUCUUAGAGGUCUUUCUUUGUGUUCGUCCUGCCAUCAUUCCCCCUUUCCCACAGGGAAAGAAAAGCUGGGUCACUAGUGGCCAGCAUCCCUUUACAGAGCUCCGUUAGUAAACUCACACGUCCCCUACCCUUCCUCCAUCCGAGAGUGGCCGCGUGCCUCAGCCAGGAGGAGAUCUUUCAGCUCAUCUUGCCUUACUCCAUGGAUGGCGCUGGGUGGAAAGCAGCAGCUGUAUUGGGCUUCCUCGUGCUGCCUCUUUUCCCACACCUGCCCGGAUGUGGGCACCUUGGGAGAUGUCUCUUUACCCACUGACGUAGCGAUUACAAGUUGAUUGUUCAGCUGGAGCCCAGAGAGUUUAAUUUAGGGAUUUUAUUUUAAUCUGAUGUGAAUUCUAGCAACCUCUGUUAGGAAAAAGCACAGCCUCAGCUGGAGGCAGCCUACACUGUCUUCUAGUUUUGUUCGUGAUGUUUCUAAGCGUUUUGCUGAAGCUGCUCUCAGGCACCCUCUUCAUCGUUCCCUCCAGAAAGGGUUGCUCGCCUUAACUUCAGCUGGUGCAAAACAUCUGACUGUCGUCCAACUUCAGCCAUCGGAUCCUUCAAAGCGGAACUUUGAACUGUUUUUAGAGAAAAUAUCAAGUAUUGGCUUGUUAAAAGUGAAUUUUCCCAGCAGCGGUGUUUGGGCAGAAAAAAAAAAAUUCAUAACUCAUAUCAUUGUGGAAGUUAUUUAUUUUCCAAAUUUAAGAAAUCAAAUGGAAGAAAAACCGCUCCUCCAUCCUCCCAUGAAAAUCAGUUCACCUGGCCUUCCAGUCCCGAGGAAACGCAAGGCUGAGGUUUCUACAGCAAUAACGGAGACCACACGGCGGGAGGCCUGCCUCUGCCCCCGCGCCUGCACUGACCCUCCGGAGGGCGUCCCCACCGCAGUGCACUGAGCCUGGCCCAAGGCGGAGAGUGAAACCACAUGUGCCGUGACUUAGGACUUCUGACUAGACAGUAUUCAUUUGAUUUUCUACAGAAAUAAUGUAAAUUAUUCUUUAGGUUUUAAAAAAGAGCACUCAAAAUGCAAUUUGUGAAUAAUCAAUGGGGUUGAUUUUUUUUCCCACCCCUAUGUUUCACAGUCAGCCUUUGUCUAACUGCAAAGAGCUCUAACACGUUUUGUAUGUGAAAGGGAUCCUCAAUCUGGCCUUACCACCACACAUACAGCGGGGUUUUGGCCCGGAAGAGGGGAGAGCUGCCUCUUAGGGAUGGUCCAGCCCAUCCAGCAUUGUUGGUCUGUGAGUAGCAAGAUUGAUUUUCUCUUGGAGCAUCUCAAGGCUCUCCCUACAGGUGACUUGUCACCGUUCUGGUCUCAGCCGGAGCUUGUAGUUUUAGCCACAGGCUUUCUUAGCCUACCUGGAGGCAAAGGCAUGUUGGGAAAGGGGCAGAUGUCGGGGAGGAGGAGAGAAGAUGGGUUUGAGACGGGAGUUGGAAAAAAUGUAGAUUACAGAUCAGACACCAAAGUCCAUGGUCCAAGCAGGAUUGUUAGUGGGAGGGAGCCUGCUGAGUCUGGGGAGAGGAAAGAAGGUUGAUCAGCUUACUGGGAAAAUAUUUCCAUUUUUCUUUUUCUUUUU